ACUAACCAGCUUUAUCAAGAGAUCAUGACUUACCAUUCUGAAACAUCCGCAAAAGCAAUAUUUGCUUCUGAAGUUGUUAGCAAUAUUUACAAUUCAUUUGAGCAGUGGUAUUUUACCAUUGCCUUUUGUGAAUUUUCAUACAUGGAAAACAGAAUAAUUAAAUAUACCGAAAAUUACGGUAAUGGAAAUCCUGUGAUGCUCGUAAAUACCUGCCCUCGCAACGAUAGGGCAAAGUUCAAGCCGAAGUACAAUAUUCACGGUCAAACAGUUUACAUUAUAACAUCGGAAAAUUUACAUUUAGAAGACAGCGAGCAAGCAGUUGAAUCUUUAAAACGCACUGGAGUUUUUCAGCCAAGAAGUGCUGUGAUUUUUGUCGUAAACAUUCCCGUUGAAAUAGACAGCUAUUUCUUUUAUAACGUUAAAAUGCACUUUCAAUUAUUGUGGAGCAGGAGUAUCACAAACUCUGUCCUAAUGGUGUGGUCGCAUAAGUUACGAGCGUACAGUUAUAAUCCGUUUUUUGACGAAAUACGAGACAUUACGAACGUCUCAGACGUAAGCAAUUUUUUGAAUUCACAGUAUAAGAAUCUUUUCGGGCACGAAUUGAGAUUAAGCGUUUAUAGAACGAUAUAUCUUGAUGACGAAAUGGGUCCGAUACGUUGUCACAAAAAUUAUCUAGCAAAAACUGUAAUCGACAAAUUGAACGCUACUUGUAAAUCUUUAGUUCCUAGAGACGGUUCGACGGUGGGAGAUUUGCUAGACAACGGAACAGCGACGGGAGCCACGUCAGAUUUAAUUGAUGGAUACUCCGAUAUGGAAUUGAAUUCUAGAAUUUUGAAAAAUUCCUUUUAUGGCUACAUUGAUACCACAUACCCAUUAACACAGGACGAACUUUGCUUCAUAGUGAAAAAAUCAGAUAAACAAUCCACGUUCACAACGGUGUUAAAUUUAUUAACGAGUGAACUCCUUAUUUCCCUAAUUUGCUUUGCAAUUUGUUUCGUUGGCAUCGCGCUCAUCGUUCGAAAGAUUGAAAAAGCUUUAAUGAAAAUCGAAGAUAAGAAAACUGUUGGUUCUGUAAUGAUUGACAUCCUAAAAUGUUUCCUGCGACAAACUGCAGAAAUAAAAUUCUUUGGUCCUGUAUUUAGAUGCAUUACGUUGGCUAUUGUCAUUUAUUCGCUUAUUAUAAACUCCGUCAUAGAUGCAAUAUUGACAUCAGCAAUAACUUAUCCAAGAUACAAACCAAACCUAAAUACUAUGAAUGAUCUUGUGAAAAGCAAUCUUACCCUCGGAGUGCACAACAGAGAUUUUGGAAUCUUUAAUUCAAGUCUGAACUCGGAGCAUUACGAAAGCUUAAAAAAUCGUAUCGAAAUUUUCAGCGACAAAAAAAUCAAAAAGUUCAUCGACGAGAGACAAUUUCAGUACGCUGUGCUGUUGCGUAGGACUGAAGCUGAGAACAUAGUGCGGAAACCGGCUAAUAUGAAAAACGGGAGAAAAUUGUUUCAUAUCGUAGCCGAAUGUCCUGUCCCGUGCUCAAUGGUCUUCUGCUUGCGUUAUGGGAGUCCAUUCAAACCUAUAUUAGAAAGCAUACUACAUCGAUUAAGCCAAUACGGUGUACUGAAACAUUGGACGGAUACAGAAGAAUACAAUUACAAUCGCAACACGCUCAACGCAGAAAACAAAGAGAGGAAGUCGUUGAGCAUUUCCAAUGUUUACGAGGUUUUUUUGGUGACACUAGGUGGUUUUUUAAUUAGUACCAUAGUUUUUAUAAUAGAAGUAUUUUUACAUGCUUUUGACAGGUACUCACAAUUACAAAAAAAAGGUAAUUAG